CAGUAGUUCAAAAGAAUCAAUUUCAAAAUAAAAGUUACUUUCGAAAAUGUGCUUUAUAAAGUUUAUAAAUAAUUUAGAAACAAAGAAUAAAGGUAAAGAUUUAUCCUAGUGUACUUUGGUCGUCAAUAAUCCUGUUUUAUUUAAAUGGCAACUCUGGCAUAUCACACGAGUCGACUUCUACUGUAUUUAAUGUUGUGCCACAAAAAACAUAGAAUCACUUGAAAAUAAAAAGCAAGGAAGUGAAAUCUCGAUUGUUGGUGGAGAAAAUAUCUGAGGAAUAUCAUUACUCUAAUAUUCAUUAAAACUCUCUUUUUCUAAAAUGGGAUGUGAUGGCGGAACUAUUCCUCGGCGUGACGAACUGGUUCGCUUGAAGAAAAAACCUGAACAGAAAGAUAAAAACUCUGAGAGGCAAUUCCGAUGGAAGCAUUGUACUCUUACCCAGGAAAGGCUCCGGCAGCCAAUAGUUAUGUGUGGCCUGGGGCGUCUGUACUCCAAGGAAAACGUAAUCGAGCAUAUGCUAGAAAACAAAAUGCCUGAUUCUUGUAGUCACAUCAAAACUCUCAAGGACAUUAAAAAUCUAAACCUUACUGCGAACCCAGCCUACAUGGCGAAUCAAGACGACAAGAGCGCUCAGUUCAUUUGUGCAUUGAUUGGCCUGGAAAUGAGUGGCCAGUUUCGAUUUGUUGGUCUCUGGAACUGUGGAUGUGUAUUUUCGGAACGGGCUCUGAAGGAAAUUAAAGACAAAGUUUGCUCGGUGUGUCAAACACCAUUUACGGAACAGGAUGUUGUUGUUCUUAAUGGCUCAGAAGAAGAUGUUGAUCAAAUGCGUGUACGCAUGGAGGCGCGUACAGCUCGAUUGAAGGCAGAAAAGAAAGCUAAAUCUGAUAAAAAAGCAGUAUCCAAAACAGCUACAUCCGAAGCCGGAAAACCAGAAUCGUGUCCCGGAAAAGAUGAACAGCAGCCGGGUCCUUCUCAGCCGGCAAAUGUGUCAAACAGCAAGCCAGGAAUCUCGUCCGCUGCAAAAUCAAUAGUACCCAAUAAACGGGCCUUGAUAAGCGAUGUCAUAGGAGAAGAUCCGACAUUCAAAAAAUCCAAAAAGGAUUACAGUGUAGCAAAGGAUCCCAAAGCCAGUUCAGUGUACAAAUCUAUUUUUACGAGCCAUGAUAGCGAAAAAGAUCAGAAAAGAGCUCAUUGGGUUACGUAUAAUCCGUUUUAUAAUUAAAAGAUUUGCCAAUAGAAUUAUUGAAGGGUCAUGGUAAACACAAAAAUUAACGGCGUGUUCGUAAACUGAUUUGUUUUUUUUUUUUUUUUUUUUUUUUUUUUUUUCCUUUAUUAGUGACACUUUACACCUAUGAGGCUAUUCGUGUCAUGAAAAUUAUUACAAUUGUCAACAUACAUUUACAAAUUAAGAUAUACAAUUUUCCUCUAAAUAUCAAUUAAUAAAUUAGUUUUUUGUAGGAAACCCAGCAGAUUUUCUAUUCUUUCCCUAUCAUCUCCUAGUACGAACUGCAAUGAGCCGUUUAAAUUAAAUUCACACCUUUCAUUAUCAUAUUUACGGCAUUCUAACAAAACAUGUUUCACAUCAUUUGUAACAUUACAAGACGAGCAAAGAUUUACUGUUGCACCUUCCAUUAAAUGACCAUGAGUUAAUCUUGUAUGACCUAUUCUUAAUCUACAAAUCACUACCUCCUCCCAUCGCCUUCCUCUAAACGCAGUAUCCCAAGCAAUAGUGUUACAUUUGACUGAUCUCAAUUUUUGAUUUGUUCUCCACCAUUCAUUUUCCCAUAUUUUUCGAUAUUCACGAAUUAUUUCUUUUUUAAUAUCCUUCAAUGAUAAUUUUGUCAUUAAAAUGGGAUCGUGUAAUGCCGCCUCUUUUGCAUCCACGUCAGCUUUUUCGUUUCCAUGAAUCUGUUUGUGUGCUGGUAUCCAGCACAAUGUAAUAUUUUGAUUUUCUCUACAGCGAGUUGCAAUUCGUUUUACAAUAGGAUGAUCUGGACGACUAUUUUUGGUAGCUUUUAACACACUCAUUGAGUCUGUGAAAAUCACACAGGCGCUUCUUAGAGAAGCUGCUUCGUCAACCGCCCAAAGUAUGGCAUAAGCCUCCGCACUAAAAAUGGAACAAGCAUUCGGAAGUUUUACUCGUUUGUUGAAAUCCGAUGAUACAACACUACAUCCUACCCCAAACUGUGAUUUUGAUCCAUCUGUAUAAAAUUCUACAAAGUUUCUAAAUUUGCGAGACUUAAGAUCUUGAAAAAUAUGUUUGUGCGCAUAAUCAGGAACUUUUUUACCUUUGGUCCACAUAUCAAAACAGAUUUUCGGGCUUGGUAGUUUCCAGUUUGCAUCAUCUACAGAAGUUUCUAGCAUCUCUGGAAGAUUCAAUGCUCUUUGCGAAAGAAUAUUAUUAGAUCUUUGAUGUAUAGGUAAGUUAGAACUUCUAUGAAUAUGAGUAGCAGUUUUUGUUUUAAUAGAAAAUAAAAUGAUGUUCAUUUCCAUAAGCAUGUUCAACGGUAAUUCGCCAGAUUCUGCUAAAAUGCUUUCGAUCGGACUAGAUUUAAAGGCUCCUAUAGCUAGUCGGAUUCCUUGAUUGUGAACCGGGAAUAAUUUUUUCAAAUUUGUUUUGGAAGCUGAACUCCAUGCAGCGCAACCAUAUAAUAACUUCGACAGGACCAUAGCUUUAUAAAUUCGUAAAAGCAUUUUUCUGUCUCCACCAUGUCGAACUCCAGCACACCAUUGAACAAUUUUCAUUCUAUUGAGACAUUCACUUUUUAAUUCGUGUAUGUGUUUGCUGAACAACAGUUUCCUAUCUAGAUAUAUUCCAAGUAUUUUUUGAGCAUUUGUGAAACCAAUUUGUUGGCCUCUAUAUAUCAGAUUUGAUCCAAAAGAUUCAUGAGCGUAAGUAUUACAUAUGUGCAUUAUUUUUGUUUUUUCUAUGGAUAUUUCAUAACCUGUUUCCUUAGACCAUCUGUCCAAUUUUACAAAAGCUAUUUUCAUUAAUUUUCGAGCAAUGAUUGGAUUACAGUGACUAACCACAAUCGUGACAUCAUCAGCAUAAACAAAAAUAUUAAAUCUUGAAUCAAAUUUUUCAAAUAGUGACUGAAUGGAAAUCAGAAAUAGAGCAACGCUUAGUACAGAGCCUUGAACCACUCCAUUUUUCAAAGUUCUAGAAGAAGAUAAAAUCCCCCCUACUCUUACUUGUACUUUUCUGUCUCCCAGAAAAGAAUCUAUAAAAUCGAACAUAUUACCACCUAUCUUCCAUUUUUCUAACUGUUCCAUUAUCAGUCGCCUCCAGCAUCGAUCAUAGGCUUUAAAUAGAUCAAUGAAUGCUACUUCUACAUGUUCUUUUCUUUUUCUAGCAUUUCUGAUACAGCCUUCAAGUUCGACCAAGUGAUCUGUUGUAGACCUUCCUCUUCGGAAGGCGAACUGGCGAUAAUCAAGAAGCGAUCGCUCCUCGAGAAGGCUAAACAAACGUCUACUAACUAGGCGCUCAAGUAGUUUCCCCGGUGUACUGUUAAGAACGAUAACUCUAUGAUUGUUCAAUUCCCAAGAAUUCUUUCCAGGUUUUGGAAAAGCAACGGCAUGCCCAUGUUUCCAUAUGUCCGGAUAACAUCCUUCCCUCCAACAAUGGUUGAAUAUUUCUAACAUUUUAAUUUUGCCACACGCAGGGAGGUUCUUCAACAUAAGAUUGUGUAUCCCAUCCGGUCCGGGGGAUGUACCUUUAAGGUGAUCAAGGUGAAAUAAUAGUUCUUCCAUUGUGAAAUCAUUAUUCAUACUUUCUAUUUGAUUUACAGGUUUAGUAACUGGUCUUCUUUCGAUAAUUGCUUUUCUUUUUCUAAAAUUCAAAUUAUACAAAUCAUCGGAUGUAGUUUCUUCAAAGUGAUUAACAAGAGCCUCGGCUACUUCUUCUGGUCUGUCGAUCAUAAUUCCAUCAACUUCAAUAACCUGAGUAUGUGUUUUGGACUGUCCUCCUUUAAGACUUCGAAUUUUAGACCAUGUUUCUUUAGGGGAUGUAGAUGAAUUUAUACUAUCAACGAAACUCUGCCAAGAUUCUUUUUUAGAUUUACGGAUGAUACGUUUGGAUUCAGCGUUUGCCCUAUGGUAUUCGUUCAACUUUCGUUCCCUAUCGUCAUCGGUUAUUUGACACCGUUUCAAUUCUCGUAAUGCUUUUCUUCGUUUUUUAACUGCUUUCUUAACCUCAUCACUCCACCAUGGUACCGGAUGAGGAUGAAGUAUACCGCUAGUUCUAGGAAUAUUGUUUUCUGCUGCUACUCUUAUUUGUUCUGUAAAUUCUUCUGGACUAUUUAUCCUACCAAGGCGAAUUGCAUCUAGAAUAUCAUUUCUAAAAGGUUCCCAAUCUAAAUUUUCAAAUUUCCAUCUAGGCCAUGUCAUCAAAGAAUCGUUGUUUUCUGUAGGAGACAAUAAAAUUGGGUGGUGAUCACUUCCAUGUAGGUCUGGGACAAUUUUCCAGUCAAAAAGCGGAGCUAAUUCAACAGAACCAAAAGUCAAAUCUAUCGCUGAUGUAUUACCAGAUGAAGGUGACACAUACGUAUGGGAUCCAUCAUUAAAUAAGUGUAAACACUUUUCGUUCAAAACUUCAACUAUCCAAUUUCCAGCCCUGUCGGAUACUGGGUGUCCCCAGAGGCGGUGAUGAGCGUUAGAGUCAGUGAGAAUAAGAAAAGGAGGAGGUAGUUGAUCUAUGAGUAACUCUAUUGAUCUUUUAGACCAGCUUGGGUGGGGAAGGUAUAAGGAGCAAAUUGUAAUUUUCUUAGGUAUAUAUACGCGAAUAGCAAUGGCUUGUAAAUUGGUGUUCAAUUGAAUAUACUCAUGUUUGAUUUUAUCUUUAACUAAAAGCGAUACUCCACCACAGGGGGCGUUAUUUAAACCUCGAUGUAUGUAAUUGAAAGAAUGAUAGUUUUUAACUUGCAAAUUACUGUCGUUAGACAAAAAUGUUUCCUGAAGUGCUAUUACUGCUGGGCUUACCUUACUAAUAAGACUUCGUAACUCUGUUCUUCUAGAUACAAAACCUCUACAAUUCCACUGGAUUAAUGGAGCCAUUACGUCGAAUUUGUAGACCCCAGCGGUCCGUCGGAUUCCAAUGUUCGGUAGGCCUUUUGAUGCACAGCUACUUCGUUGCCUUUGGGUGGUGAUUCCUUAAAUAAAUCAUUCUCGAACGGGUCAUCUUCGCUCAGGAAAUCUUCGGACAUCUCUGCAGUAUCGUCAGAUACACUCUCCCCGGAUGUAGCGGUUUCAGGGAUGUAGACAAGUUCUUCUUGUGAUGUAAUUUUCUUGUUCUUUAACAAGUUCUGUUUUUCAUCCGAUGUUGUUGAGAUAGCUUUCCGUUUCAUGUUGAUCGAUGAAGCAUCAUCAGUUGGACUUCUGGUCGUUGUAGGUGUGUUCAAUUUUUGGAGUUCUUCUUUCAAAUUCUUUAUAGUAGUUUUCUGAUCUUCUAUUAUUCUGUCCUUUUCUUCCAGCAGUCGUGACUGUUCCGAUACAAUAUGCUCUAAUCUUUCCAUUCGUUUGAGCAACAUAAGAUAGUUGGAGUUGUCAUUAUUUUUAGUAGCUGUAGCAUAUGUUUCAGGUUGCUUCUGCUGUUCUUUCGUAAUUCGACGCGCUUCCAAGAACGAUAUGUUUCGAUCAAUUUUUACUUUAACGAUUAGUUGUUCUUCUUUCAUUUUUGAGCACUCGUUGCUUAGCGUUGGGUGAUCUUCUUGACAGCAAGCACAUUUCGCAGGUUGAUUACAUUUUUCGUGAAACGGUCCAGCACAGUUCUGGCAAAUCUUGUCGGCUUUACAUUCAGCAGAGAUGUGACCGAAUUGGAGACACGUAAAACAUCUUGUAGGUCUGGGAUAAUAUUUUCUCGUUCUACAUUUCAUCCAUCCUAGCUUUAUAUACUCUGGGGGACAUUUAGAGUCUACUGUUAGAACUAAAGCAGGAGUGUUCACAAGGUUUUCUUUCUCCUUCCUCUUUAUCCGAUAAACCGCAACCACAUUUUGAUCCUUCAAUUCUUGAAGAAUUUCCUCUUCAUCUGAGUCGAUCAGUUGUUGACAUGAAAUUACGAUUUUGGACUGAUUCAGGUUAUCGUACGAUUUGACUUGAACUGGAAUGCUGGAUGAUCCAGUAUCCACCCGUGUCAGCUUCAAAAGUUUGUUCUCACAUGUUCUAUUUUGUACUUGAACACAAAAUUCUCCAACACGGUUAUUCAUCCAUGCUUGCAACAUUUUUCCAGCACAUGAUUCAAUCGUUCUAGUAAGAAGAAAAGGCGACACGUCUUUCAGCGAAGAUCCAUCGGUAGGUUUGAUCCUUAGAAACCUAGGUUCUGAAGAUAGAGGCCGGUCACGGGACAGCGUAGGAAAUACUUGAUCGGACAUCCAGGAUGGCACCUGCGAGGCGCCCGUAGCCAUGAUGGCUACACGUUUCCGGAAACUUCAGAAACAGAAGCUUUUGUUUUGUAUGACCUUGGAAUUUAAACAAUAAUAGGCUUGACAAUAAACUUUAAGCGUUUUGUGGAGAACCGAAUUAUAAUAGGCGAGCUUUUCGAUAAUGCGUCUGCACUCCUCGAAUAUAUCCACUCAACUGAACUGAUUUGUUUGGGUGAUGCAUCGAUUUGUUUGGUAGAUGUCAAAUCACCUUCCAAUGCUUUUGCAUACAGUUUGUUUAAUUUACGAACGCCAGCAUCGAUAGAAAAAAUCACUUCGAUAGAACAAAUCAAUCUACGAACACGUCGUAAAUCACUUAAAUUUGGAAUACAUAAAUAAUAAAAUAAUCAUAGCGUAGAUUCCAAUCCACUAAAAUAGUAUUCGUUAUCUUCUGACUAAAUCCUACAUUUCGCUAUCCGGGAAUAACCUUGCCACACAUUCACUCAUCUAUCAUUUCUGUCCCUUUUCCAUAGCCAUCUCGGUUCGUACAAAUAUCAUUUUUGUGUUGAACGUUGGAAUAUAAACCAUCAGCCAUUAUGUCCUCAUAUUUUGCGUAUUUUAUGAAAAAAAUCGACUGUGUUUACGGAAAAUAAGCAUCUUGAAUAAAGCGGCAGUACAAUAAAAAUCAUAUUAUGCUUCAUGAUGAA